AUGGACGAGCCGAAUGACCCCGAGCCUUAUUAUAUGUGUAUUGGAGUGAUCACAAUAGCUGUCAAGCUUUAUAAAGUGAAACUAGAACGCAGCCGCGAGAUAUGUUGUCUGGAAAUAGCUAUUUGGUCAGAAGCCCAAAAAGUAACCAUUUUACAGUGCACUCUAGCUCUUAAACCAUUCUUCAGAAAUUUAAAGUUUAGGAUGGACUAUGAUUAUUUGAUUAAAUUUUUGGCCUUGGGAGAUUCUGGUGUUGGGAAAACUAGUUUUUUGUAUCAGUACACAGAUGGCAUUUUCAAUUCUCGCUUUAUUUCCACUGUGGGGAUUGAUUUUAGGGAAAAAAGACUUGUGUAUCGUGCCCAAAGCCGAAGCCAACGUGUUUAUUUGCAACUUUGGGACACAGCAGGCCAAGAAAGAUUUCGUAGCCUAACCACAGCAUUCUACAGGGAUGCAAUGGGAUUUUUACUUCUUUUUGACUUGACUAGUGAGCAGUCGUUUUUGGAAAUAAGGAACUGGCUUGAUCAGUUACGGACGCAUGCCUAUUGUGAUGAUCCAGAUGUUGUAUUGUGUGGUAAUAAAUGUGAUCUUGAAGAAAGAAGAGUGAUUAGUGAACAAAGAGCAAGAGAAACAGCUGAAAAAUAUGGCCUUCCAUAUUUGGAGACUAGUGCAGCUACUGGACAGAAUGUAUCUCGAGCAGUGGAUAUAUUGCUGGACAGAGUGAUGAAGGAACAUAAAAGCCGAGAAUAUCCUCGUUAUCAGAGCGUAUGGAAACUGUGGUUGAUAGAGCCAUGCUUCCUGGGCAGAAUUCUCGUACAAUUCAAAGAGGAUCUGAAUCAGAUGCUUCACAAUACACUUCUUCUGCAUGUAGCUGCUGAUUUCAAGAAUGAAAUAUAUGAUCAAAUGUAAGAGAUCAUUGUUCUACAUUAUGAACCACUUGUUAUCCAGUCUUAACAGAAAUGAGAAUACUGAUUUUCACUUCAGUCAUGAGAAGGAACCUGUUUGUGAAAAAUGUAGAAAUAAUUUAUUUUGUAGAUAGUGAUUAUUUAUUUUGUGAAGCCUUUCAAAUAUAAUCUUCAUUUUUUUGGGUUCCUUAACUCCUUUCUACAAAAUCGUGAGUGAAUUUGGGAAAUAGCUACGAUCAGCAAGAUUAGAAGUCAUUAAUUUGUAAUUUUGAUUAUUCAUAUAUUUAUUCAUCUAAUUUUUAUCCAUCUCCAGUUUAUUGAAAUACUUUAAUGUCGUUUUAAUUAUCUCUAAUUUUCUGCUUUGUGAUAAUGAUUGUAAGCAGAAAUUUGGCUCCUUGUUACUUCUUGUUAAAUUUUAUUUAAUAUAUAUGCAUUAUUACAGUACAAUGUGUGUAUUGUUUUAAUUCAUUAUUGAUUGAUGAGUGGAUGAUGAAAAAAAAAUAAUAAUAAAAAAGUGAUAGUGAUGUCUGAUUCCUUGUGAUUAGAAAGAUACUGUUGUCACUAAUAUAAUGGUCAAUAUUAUCGAUGCAUAUAUUUUUUAAACAAUAGAGAAAAUUCAAUUCUAAACUUCACCAAGAUACUUAUGGUUGUGACAUAAAAGUACAGCUUGAUACAUACAAUUUUGAAAUGUUAUUCUCUCUUUUUGAAAAUUUGCUAUGUUGUUACUGCACUUGGCAAGUAUUCUUUACUGGUUCUACAUUGAUUUGUGAAAUGUAUAAAUUCAUUUAAUAACUGAUAAAGUUCAGCCUAUCUCAAUUGAGACAGAACAAAUCUAUUUAAAGAAGUUAAAUAUGGAUAUUUUAAUUGGGAUAUUUGAAAUAUGGUUUGUUUUCUUUAAUACAAUGAGAGUGGGAUAUACCUAUGAUGAUAUGGAUUUUUAAAUUGGAAAUCUUCAAUAAAAUGUAUACAAAUGAAAUUUACUGAAAAUUUGGUUCCAUUAAUCCUUAUUGUAUACUAUGCAAUUUUUAGAAUUGAUUUUAAAACUGCAGUGAAAUUUGAAAACUUGUUUUCAAUAUUCUGAACUUUAGAAGUUGUAUCUGCUCUCCUCGAGUGUGUAUGUAAAAGAAAUUUUAAUGUUAUAUUUUCAUAUGGGAGAAGAAAAAAAUGUGAUUUGUUUUUGUUUUUUGAUACAAUUAUACUACAAAUAAUUGAUACAUAAAUUCAAGUAAAUAUUUUUGUUAAUAAACCUUUUCUAUUGAAAUUGUUAUCAAAUAUGAAGCCAGAGUUCAGUGUUGCUAGUUAAUAAUUGUAUUCUAUAAAGAAGUAGACUCAUAAGAGUAUCCUUGAAUAUCAACUGCCUUUUGUUCUGCAAUGCUGCUGUAACUUGCAAUUAUGACAUUGCAACUUCUGUGGCAUCAGAUAAAUUAACAUGAAAUUGCCAUGUUGUUAAAUACAUUUCUAAACAGCAAUGUCCUUAAGUACCAUUUUCCUAAAUAUUAAUAUAUAUAUAUAUCUUAGAAUACGUUGAUUUUUACCUCUUCCUAAUUGGUUAAUUCGAUUUUGCAAACGAGUCUUUAAGAAAAUACAUCCAGGAGGCAAAAGUUUAACAUACCCCAGUGUGUCUGUGCCCCCAUGGUAAACUACCUUCAAUUUUGUUAGUCGUCCAAAAAAUUUUUGGAACAAGUAAUUUUUGAAGCACUUUACAUGUAGCACUAGAAUGCAAAUUCUUUUUUGAUAAAUGUAUGUUAAUUUGAAACUUCUAGUGUUUGGAGGUCUGUUUUUGAAAAGUGGCCUUUGUUUUUCUUAAGAGGAAAGUUAGAUUCUAACUUGGUAGAAGUGAGGAAUUGAUUAGUAGAAAAUGUAUAUUAAAUGUUCAUGUCAUUAAAUGAUUAGAUAGAUAGAUAGAAGUAGAUAAACGUUACAAAAUACGUAAAAGUCAGAUAUUAGUCUUAAUGUAGAAGAAUUGUGUAUUGCCGUGGGUAUUGCCAUGCUAUGAUGUUCUGUUAUAUUGAAAUAAUUAACAUGUAUCAUGAAUUGUGUAUGCAAAGCAAAUAGUUGAUGAUUUAUUUAUGCAGCCUUAAUAUUCUACAUAGUUAUCAUGCUUUUAUUUGCAAAGGACUACCUCAGAAAAUUCUUACAAUUUAAAUUUAACAUAUCCUUUUCCUCUACAUUCAAGUCAUAUAUUAAGUUUUAUCCAAAUCCCUUUGUUAUCCCAGAUACAAUUUUUUUACAAGGUUGUACAAAUAGAAGUAAGAAAUUAUUUUUGUUAUUAUAAAAAUGCAUUUUC